AUGGAGGGAUGGAGUUACUACUUGGCUAUGGUACUGGUUCAGCUAGCAUAUGGUGGAUCAAACGUCCUCAUAAAACUUUCUCUUGCUGAAGGACUCGAUCCAAUUGUCUUUGUGGUUUAUAGGCAUGUUAUAGCCAUGCUUUUGCUAGGACCAUUUGCUUAUGUUCUUGAGAGGAAGCAGAGACCUUCCCUCUCAAUUUCAAUAGCUGCAAAAGUUUUUGUUCUUGCGUCAUUUGGGACUACUAUCCAUCUCAAUGUGUACUAUGCUGGUUUGGCAUACAUUUCUCCGACAUCUGCUUGCGCCCUGAGUAAUGUAAUCCCAAGUUUGACGUUUUUAUUGGCCGUUCUGCUUCGGAUGGAGAAGUUGAACAUUAGAAGUACCAGAAAUCAAGCAAAGGUGGUUGGUACGCUUCUCUGCAUCGGUGGUUCUCUUAUUUUCACUUUCUGGAAAGGAGGACACAUAUUCAAAGGUUUUGUUGAUCGGCCCCUGAUAACUGCAUUUAGCACUGAGUUGAGGCAUGGUAAGCAAAACCAGAUCAAAGGUUCUGCUCUUAUUCUGACUAGUCACAUAGCAUGGUGUUCAUGGCUAAUUCUCCAGGCUGUGAUCUCCAAAGUCUACCCUGCGCCAUUAUCACUUACCACUAUCAUAUGCUUUUUCGCAUCGUUGCAGUCUUCUUUUCUUGCCUUGUUCUUUGCAAGAAAUCCAGCUUCAUGGAGACUUGAGUGGAACCUGCAGCUUUUAACCAUCGUCUAUUGUGGAGUUGUGUUGUCGGCAUUAGUCUAUUACCUACAAGCAUGGUGCAUCAGUUACAAGGGACCAGUUUUUGCUGCUAUGUUUAGUCCCCUGCAAGUGAUUAUAGUGGCAAUGUUCUCAGCAGUUGCUUUUGCAGAACUACUUUACGUUGGCAGCUUGAUCGGAGCAUUUCUCAUUGCAGUUGGCCUUUACUGUGUGCUAUGGGGAAAGAAGCAAGAUAGUCUUGUUGCUGAACCCACUCAGAAUGGAAAAGGAGAACUUAACAAUGAUAAAGUGCUCGCAAUUUCCGUGAUUGAUAUUCAAGUGAAAAAUCCUGAUGCAAAAUGA